GGCCACCGCCCCUCUCGGGCCCGCCCUCCUUCCCUCCCUCCUGGCUCGCCCGGCCCGCCCUGCCCGGCCCGCCCUGCGAGUCAGUUCGCUCGUUCCCUCCCUCCCCCGGCGCGCUCGGGCCGCCACAACGCUCCCCGCCCUCGAGCCCGUGGUGCCGGAGUCGCCCGCCGCCCGAGGAGGAGGUGGAGGGAGCCGGAGGGGCCCGCCGAAGCGGCGGCGGCGGCGGCGGCAAGAUGGCGGACUUCCUGCCGUCGCGGUCCGUGCUGUCCGUGUGCUUCCCCGGCUGCGUGCUGACGAGCGGCGAGGCCGAGCAGCAGCGCAAGUCCAAGGAGAUCGACAAAUGCCUGUCCCGGGAAAAGACCUACGUGAAGCGGCUCGUGAAGAUCCUGCUGCUGGGCGCGGGCGAGAGCGGCAAGUCCACCUUCCUGAAGCAGAUGCGGAUCAUCCACGGGCAGGAUUUCGACCAGCGCGCGCGCGAGGAGUUCCGCCCCACCAUCUACAGCAACGUGAUCAAAGGUAUGAGGGUGUUGGUAGAUGCUCGAGAGAAGCUUCAUAUUCCUUGGGGAGAUAACUCAAACCAAGUCCAUGGAGACAAGAUGAUGUCAUUUGACACCCGGUCCUCCCUGGCGGCCCAGGGAAUGGUGGAAACUGGAGUUUUUUUACAAUAUCUUCCUGCUAUAAGAGCAUUGUGGGCAGACAGCGGCAUACAGAACGCCUAUGACCGGCGUCGAGAAUUUCAACUGGGUGAAUCUGUAAAAUAUUUCCUGGAUAACUUGGAUAAACUUGGAGAACCAGAUUACAUUCCAUCACAACAAGAUAUUCUGCUUGCCAGAAGACCCACCAAAGGCAUUCAUGAGUACGACUUUGAAAUUAAAAAUGUUCCUUUUAAAAUGGUUGAUGUAGGUGGUCAAAGAUCAGAAAGAAAACGUUGGUUUGAAUGCUUCGACAGUGUGACAUCAAUACUUUUCCUUGUUUCCUCAAGUGAAUUUGACCAGGUGCUUAUGGAAGAUCGACUGACCAAUCGCCUGACAGAAUCUCUGAACAUUUUUGAAACAAUUGUCAAUAACCGGGUUUUCAGCAACGUCUCCAUAAUUCUCUUCUUAAACAAGACAGAUUUGCUUGAGGAGAAGGUGCGAAUUGUGAGCAUCAAAGACUAUUUCUUAGAAUUUGAAGGGGAUCCCCACUGCUUAAGAGACGUCCAAAAAUUCCUGGUGGAAUGUUUCCGGAACAAGCGCCGGGACCAGCAGCAGAAGCCCUUAUACCACCACUUCACCACUGCUAUCAACACGGAAAACAUCCGCCUGGUUUUCCGGGACGUGAAGGAUACUAUUCUUCAUGACAACCUCAAGCAGCUUAUGCUCCAGUGACACGCACAAGACUUGCUCUUUUAAUUCCUUCUUCGUCCUUUGGAUUGUUUUCUGUUUGUUUGUUUGGUUUUUUUUUUUAAAUAGUUUACAACAGGAAUUAGAAAAAUCUUGAUUCUGUGUUUAAUUUCUUCGAAAUCUUAGUCCUUCCUCUGUGGACUUGGGUUUGUGGCUGAAAACUGCUGAGUAAUGCACCGGGGAUAUCUGCUAAAACUCGGGCUUUGAUCUGUCUCACUAUGGCUUCCAUUUAGAGAGGAGUUGUCAUUUCCGGACAAACCUCAAGGUAUAUUUCAGGCUUUCAAUUCUUCCACUUUUCAAACUGAAUUCUGUAGUGCCAAGUAUAGAAGGUGUCCUUAAAUAUUUGUAGGUAUGAGGUUAAGAAUAUUCAGUUCUAAAACAAGUGAGAUAUCUUUUGUUCGCCCUACACUUGUGCCUGGCUUUCUACACUUGUGACUUACUUUGAAAGGGCUGUUGGAAAAAAUUUUGAACUUAGGAAUAAUGUUCUAUAGAUUUACACAGAUUUAGCCUUCAUGUAUUUUUAAUUGCUUAUAGACACAACAGUUGUUUUGUUUUUCAGUUUCUGUGGUUUCUAAAGGUAAUGUUUGUAGUGUUUUAAAAGUUUACAUAAGGAUUUCUGGUGUCAUGGUAAAGGACGUUCACCAGUGGUACUGGGGGGGGAGCAAAAGGCAAGCAAGUGCCAUAUAUAGUGUUUUGGUCAAAGUUAGUAGUGAAAUACCAUUUACCCUUCUCAUAUUUAAAUAUCAUGGAAAAAUGUGCCAUAUGUGAAACAUUCUGGCCAUAGCAGUAACUAAAAAUUGCAAGAAACUUGAUAACAGAAUUUUUUAAAUAAACAGCCUUUUCCAGAAUGUUAAGUGUUUUACUCUCAGUCUUUUCAAUCCUGUCUCAGAUGAUUUGGGGCCUUAUUGUAGCAAAUCAUUGUUAUGCCAUCACAAACAUCUUUCUUUUGUUCGCCUGUCUGUUCCCAUCAGCUCAGACUGUGGCAUUUAUGGGAUAGUUUUGUUCAUUUGGAGCUGGCCAAAGGCAGUAUUUUCUUGUCACAGUAUUCAAGAAGGUAUUUCAGAUUUCUGUUCAAUCUUGGUGUGUCUGUGAAAGAGACAGUAUGUACAUGUCUGUAUGAAAUUCCAGCUCAUUGAUGUACAUUUUGAAUGUUUUAAGGAUACCCCUAAGAAUAAGGAGUAACUUUUUUAGUUGACAUCAGAAGUUGAUUGCUUUUGACCCCCUUCCGUCACUUAACCAAAUUCAAAUACUCACGAAGUACCCAUUACAAGUAUAUUCGUAGCAGACUCAUGAGAAUGGCUGUUUUGCAGUACUCAAAAUACCGCCUUGUAGGUCAUGUGUGGUGUUAGAAUUGGAUUAGAGAAACAGAUGUACAAGGCUGAUGACAGUUUGCGAAGUAUGGCAGCUUCUCUCCUUUUCCUGAAAAUUGUAAUUAAGACUGUGAUCUCUGUCACUUUACUGUAUAGCUAACCAUGUUCUCAGGUAUUUUAUUGGCUAGAAAGUUCUGGAAAGAUGGGUCAACAUUAGGGCUCACCCAGCCUUUCCAGCAUAACACAGUGGCUUUUGGCCUGUCUUGCUGUCUAGUAUGAGGAGGGUUUUUCAGUGAGCUAACCUGGGAUCGUUCUUCACACACCUGACUUGUCUUGCAUUUGGCGUUCCACCCUCAUGGUAUCCAUAGUCACUUGCAGUGUGUCCUUGCCUUGGUUAAUACAUGACCUACAGGCCUGUAGCCCUACAUGAUAAUGCAGGUGUUCAUAGUACAGUUCAUGCAUGUUGGCAUAGUCUAUAUCUAGUGCUGCUUGGCAAAAAGAAUACUUUGUUUCUAUCCACAGACUAAGAAUUAUGUCAGUGCUAGUGAAUAUCUGAAGAUGUGUUCAGUAACACUGACUUUUUGGUGGCAGUCUGUGUAAAUUUAGCAAAUAGCUUUAUUGAAUGGCCAGAACAUUGUUUAACUCCAGCGAAGGCUAAAGUAAGUUCCCUAUAUAAAGAGGAAACUUAGUCUAUUUACAUUAUAUUUAAGAUCUGUGAUAUGAACCAUAAAAUUGCCUGACAAAGCAGAAAUCAUCACGUUUCCCCAUGUUGACUACAACCAAGACAUGUUAAAACACCAAAUAGAUGUGGUAUUAUUUUGGGUAUUUGCAGUUUUCUUUCCAUGUGCAUGUGAUGUCUCAGAGUCAACAUUCUUUUAUAGUAAUAUCUAGAAUAUAUUUUGAGGUAGUAAAUUACUUACAUUUCAUGGCACACUCGUUGAGAGAGUGGAACUGUAAGGUUCAAUCUUAGCCCACACUUUUUAUGUGCUAUGUUUUUAAACCAUGUGAAGGAGUCGUUUUACCCUAUCGUGAAAACCAGAUCCUUUUGAAACACCACUAGAUGAAGAGGGAGGUGAAAUUCAGCGAAGUUGAAAGGGCACUCAGUAUUCACUAUGCCAAUUUCCCUCUAAUCUCUGAAAAAGUAAUUUAAAUACAAAAUUCUUUGGUGUGUUUGAUUUUCUAAGUCUUUACAGUUAUGAUUUGGAAUAAAAUGUGCCUAAUUCUUCAUUCCAUUCUGUUCUUAAACCUGAAUGUCUUCUCAUUUAGUUGCUAUGAAAAAAAUCACACAAGUGUCUUUUUUGACCUUGAAGAAAUUUAUAGUAUACAGAGUUGCCUUAUAAAUCAAAGAACACCACGAAUUUGGGCCUUGAUUUUUAUAGGGAAAAGUUUUUGUUAAGUGUUUUCUAAAGAUCCAAGUAAUUUAAGGUGUGUCUCUGCCACUUAAAUUAUUUUUAAUACAAGGAAUUGUUGCUUUCUGCCAAAUACUGUAUUAAGUUGAGAUCUUCAUUUCAGUCUUUUUGUCUGGGAAAGGCUCUUGAUGGCUAGAGAACAGCCGCAACCCAAGAAGGGAAUGUGGAAUGAAAAAGAUGCGUUUUUGUUUUGUUUUCUUGGAAGUUUAUUGGCAUGUAUUUUACAUAGAGAGAAGAUCUUUGGGUGAAUCUCUCAGGUGAGGUUGUUUAGGGAAAUCCUUGUUCAGUUGGUGGCAGUCGUUGGUUUCAACUAGAAGGAAGUAAGAUGACCUUAAUACAAGAACUGAUUGGAAGUAUUGAUUUAGAGUCCACUGAAAUCACAUGCCCUAUAACUUUUUGUAAGAAAGAAUGAGUAAAUCUUAACUUCCAAUGUAUACCCAAAUACUUGUAUUUAUGCUUUUGAUAAAAUGUAUUUUCAGCAUUAACGCAUAUAUCCGGUUAUGCCUUAUUUACAUGAAUAAAGUUACCAAGUUAUGUUUUGUUAUGUUCUGAAAGUCAAAUCACUAUUUGAGAAGCCCUCAAAUUGGUGCUUUCAUUAUAUAAUGAUACAUUUAGGCAAAACCGCAAACCAAGCCAUUUGAAACAAGAUUCUCUCCAUUGCAAUUUGUAGCAAUAUUAUUUCUGUAUGUGUAAUGGGAAGGCUGAAUAUCAGUGUUAACUCUUAAUUUCUUGUUUGACUCCAUGAAAUCAUGCCUGUAAAGCUCCAUCAAAUAUUUGUAACAAACUCUCUAAUAAAUCUAGAGAAAGUCA